AUGCGACUGCUCGAGAUACAACAAGAUGGCACAAUUGCGCUCACAGAGGACCUUGUGGGCACCGAUAACGUGCCCAGCUACGCUAUACUCUCGCACACCUGGCUGUCUGGUCAGGAGGUCACCUUCGACGAGUUUACCAGAGGCCUUGGACGUGACAAGGCUGGCUUCGACAAGAUCCGCUUCUGCGCACAGCAGGCGAAGCCGCUGGUUUACUCGAGGUUGGACGCUCCAAGAGCUGCUUGCCCCGCGCGUUGCGAACGAGACAGCCUAAAACAACUCAUCCACGAGAUCACAAACAUUCCCUGCCCGGCCCUUACAGGAGCCCCAUUAAAUACCUUCAGCGUAGAGGAGCGCCUGUCUUGGUCCAACCAGCGUCAGACUAUGCGUGAAGAAGACAAGGCGUACUCGUUGCUGGGUAUCUUUGGCGUCUUCACGUUCCUCAACUAUGGCGAAGGUGAGACCAAUGCUUUCAAAAGGUUACGAAAAGCGAUCGCAGAAGACUCACAGGAAUCGCCCCAGCCACAGGCGUCAGCGGGGAGCCUUGGAGGGAGUAUCGCAGCCUAUGCACCUCCUGUCCAAAAACCCUCCUACUACAUACCAUUUCCCAAGAACCAAUACUUCGUCGGAAGGAGAGAAGAGCUCGAGAUCCUCAAGCAAACGCUGCUCGAGGACACAGGAUGCCAAAAGAUGUCGAUUGUGGGACUCGGUGGGGCUGGGAAGACUCAGCUAGCCUUGUCGUUCGCAUACACAAUUAAAAAGACCAUGCCAGCCGUAUCGAUUUUCUGGAUGCCUGCACUCAGUAUGGAGAGCUACGAGCAAGCCUGCGUGGCCGUUGCCGCUGCUUUGCACAUCAGCCAAGCGGAGACGAAUAAAGACAACAUAAAAGAGCUAGUGAAAGAGCAUCUAAGUACAGAUCAGGCAGGACCCUGGCUACUUGUGCUCGACAAUGUAGAUGAUCACGACAUCUUAUAUGGCACCGAGCAUGCUGCGGGUAUCAUCGACUACCUGCCGGAGAACGAGAAGGGCAUGACCGUGUUCACUACACGAGUGCAAGAGCUAGCCGUGUCUUUGACGCGAGGCGACGUUCUGGAACUGGGGUCUAUGAGCAAACCAGAUGCCAUGAACUUCUUGGAGAAGUCUUUAAUCAGAAAGAACCCCACUGAGGAAUGCGAAGAGCUAUUGAAUGAGUUGACGUGCCUUCCUUUGGCAAUCUCCCAGGCUUCCGCGUACCUGAACAUGAACAGAACAACUAUUACAAAGUAUCUGCGGCUACUGAGACACACAGAGCAAGACACCAUCAAUCUGAUGAGAAAAGAAUUCCGGGACCAAACACGCUACAAGGGCUCGGCAAACGCAGUGGCCUCGACGUGGGUAGUAUCGUUCAGUCAGCUCCGAGAGCGCGAUAUAGUGGCAGCAGAUCUGCUGGCAUUCAUGUCGUGCAUCGAGUGGAAGGCAAUACCUCAGUCGCUGUUGCCGAAAGUACAGUCGCAAGAGCGAUUAGAGGAGGCUAUUGGCACGCUCUGCGGUUACUCGUUUGUAUCGAGGCGGCAAGGCGAUAACACUCGUGAGGUUGAUGGAGAAGAAGAAUGGUACGACUUACAUCGACUUGUUCAUCUGGCUACCAAAGUUUGGGUAGACAAGUGUAGUAGUGCUGCAAGUGUGGGCCAACAAGCUAUGGCACGUGUUGUUGAGGUCUUCCCGAGCGAUGAAUAUGCCAAUCGGGCUGUAUGGAGAGCAUAUAUGCCUCAUGCACUACGACUGCUGGAUACAAAAACAACUGUUGAUGCUCAAACCAGAGCUGACUUAAGUUAUGUCGUGGCACAAUGCCUACUCUUCGACGGUAGAGUUCCAGAAGCAACGAGGUGGGCGGAGGAGUGCUGCCGGUGCAGAGACGUGCUAGACGAAGAUGAUGCAGACCGACUGGUAGCCCAGCAUCAGCUUGCUAUUUCCUACAAGGCUAAUGGACAGAUUGAGGACUCUAUCAGACUACUAGAGCAUAUAGUCAGAGUGGAAGACACUACACUCGAAGAGACUCACCCUGAUCGGCUAGCGUCGCAGCAUCAGCUUGCUAUUUCCUAUNGCUUGCUGUUUCCUACGAGGCUAAUGGACAGAUUAAGGACUCUAUAA